UCAAAAAUCCUAUUUCUAUAUAUUCUUUGCAGACUGCAGUUGAGGGUGGUGAAAAUUUUUUCAACCAAUCGAAUUUCGAUAAAAUUCGACUGAACAAGUUUCUACCGAGUUGAUAGCACGGAUUACUAAUGCUGCCACUACGGAUAUAAAACCUUCGGUGUAGUGCAAUCGAUUUGAACGAAAAUAACCCAGUGUACGAAUCAAGCAAUGAAAAUUCCAUUAGUGUUAAAAUUUUGCCCUGAAAGGAAGGGAUUUGUCAAAAGAUGCGAAAACACCAACAGCAGCAAUCUUCUGCGAGGCGGACUGUUUCUGUUGCUUGUGCUAGUGGUCGUGGUCCAGGCGGCAACCGGUGGUGCUGAUCCGUAUAAAAUUCUAGGAUUGGAGAGACAUGCUACCCUGCAGGACAUACGGAGGGCUUACAAACAGCUAGCAAAGGAAUGGCAUCCGGACAAAUCUGAUCAUCCAGAGGCCGAGACUAAAUUCGUUGAGAUUAAGCAAGCCUAUGAAUUGCUGUCGGAUACAGAGCGCCGAAGAGCAUAUGACCUUCAUGGAAUAACCAAUGAAGAUGCCUAUCUGUACAAGGAACGACCGGACUACAGCAACUACGGUCGCUUUCCGGAUCCUUUCGAGCAAUUUUUCGGACAUAAUUUUAAUUUCCACGAUCAAGACAUUAGUCUUUUUCACAAGUUGUCAAUAACGUCGAAAUACUACGAAACUAAUAUCGUCCCGAAGAGUCAUCACACGCCACAGAUUUUGAUGUUUUAUUCGGAUUGGUGCUUCUCUUGUAUGAAGGCCGCCAAUUCAUUCAAAAAAAUGAUCGAUACACUGGAACCAUUCGGGGUGACGUUUGCCACAAUAAACGCUGGUCACGAGAAUCAACUGGUGAGAAAAGUUGGCGUUCAUUCGUUGCCAUGCGUGAUAAUGGUUUUGGAUGGACACAAUUACGUGUACAAAGAAAGUGUAUACAACACUCAACGAGUAGUGGAAUUCAUUAGACAGAAGCUUCCUUACAAACUGCUUCCAGCAGUUGACGACGGAUCGAUAGACACCUUUCUGAAAGGUUGGGCCGAUAACCGAGUCCGUGCACUGGUCAUGGAACCGAGAGUACAACCGAGGCUGCGUUAUCUUAUUACUGCGUUUCAUUUUCGGGAACGUGUGGCAUUUGGAUUCGUCCAAUUGAACUCGGAAAAGACGAAACAGAUUCAAGAGCGUUACAAAGUUCAUCCCUCACUUGACACGCUGCUCAUAUUCAACGAGGACUCGAGCCGCCCGGUCGCUUCUAUCUCGAUGUCAGACAUUCCAACACCAACAUUGAACAAUAUCAUCUCAGUCAAUCAGUAUUUAGCACUACCGCGGUUGUCCUCUCAGGCGAUGUUGGAAGGAGUUUGUCCGGCGGAAUGGAAUCGCCCACGGAAACGGCUAUGUGUGGUUCUGGUCACCGAAAACACUGCCACCCAUGAUGAGGCCCGACAGGCGAUGCGUCGGAUAGCUCUGGCGUCCAGUUACAGUCCGGAGCGGGUUAGAUUCGCCUAUAUCUAUCAGGAAAAGCAAACCGAAUUCAUCAGUGCUUUGGCACAGCACGGAAAGCUGCAGGAAACCAUUCUAAGAGUGGUGAUCAUCUGGCGACGAGAUACCAAACACAUCAAGUACGAGUGGAUUCACGAGGCGACACUGCAGGAGACAGUGGAUAAGAGCGUCGAAAACGAAACAAACGAGAUUCAUUUCAACAACACUAAGCAAAAAUUGGACAGUGCGAUUCAACGGUUGCUGCGGUCAUCGGAAGCAUUGAGCUACGAGGCUGAGGUGAAAGAUCUGCUGGACGAACACGCCCAAGGAUUGGUUAUCCGCAUACUGAAUAAAGUACUACUGGCAUUUGAGUACAUGACGGAUAAUUUGGGCCAGGAACACAUUCUGCCGGCACUUUCUGUCCUGGGAACGGUUGCAUUCAUUUUGGCAGCAGGUUAUCUAAUGUCCUAUUUAGUACGUAUAGAGGAGGAAAAUAUCCAGAAGAAACAGAACGCCAGUUCUGAUACUAAAAAUGGUAAAUUGACGAACUAUGUUCCGGAACUGCGUCUUCACGAGCUGCGAGCGGAGAAAUACAACGGCUUGGUGCGUUUGCUGAAACCCGGCUGUCGAACCAUUGUCCUGCUGACGGAUCUGCAGUCUCGCAACAAACUGAUUCCAGCUUUUCAUAAAGCCGUCUGGCCGUACCGAAAUAUCGAUUCCGAUUCUAGAAAUAAAACGCUCAUGUUUGCCCACAUGCUGAUCGAGAAGGGCAUCGGAUGGUAUGCGGAGUUGUUGCGCCUUUCCCUGUCGGAGUCCCGCGAGAUGAAGAUCAAUCCACGGAACUGCGUCGGGACGGUGAUUGCGCUGAAUGGCCAUCGGAAGUAUUUCUGCAUGUACCAUGCAAAGCAUCCGGAGUCGAAUCGUGGUGCAAAGCGCAUGAUGAAAAUGACCAGGCAGCUAAGCUCGCUGCCAACCGAUCCGGAAGCCGGUGCCUUCCUCGGAAUGGAAAGUUCCGACUCAGAGUGCAGCACCUCCGAUGUGUCGGAGCCGAAAAUUCUGCUGGAAGAAAAUUUGCUCGAUGGGCUGCCAAACUGGUUAGAUCGGUUGUUCGAAGGUACCACCCAUCGGUACUACAUCAACUACUGGCCCGACUUCACCUCGAAGUGAACCCGAGAGUGAAUCCACUCACACUCAGACACUGUUCUAAAUUUAUUUGUUUAGAAGUUUGUUAAAGCCAAAGACCAGAAUUAACUAGUAAUAUGAAAAGGGAGAGAGGGAUGCUUUUCCGUGCGCGGCUUCGCUGCUCCUUCCGCCCUUGAUGACGACACUUGUUCUGAGAUCUAUCGAAAGACACGGGGAUAACACCGAUUUGUUCAGUUUUAGUUUUCUAUUGCCUGGAUUGUUUCAUUGCAGCUGAUUCUAUUUCUAAGCAGUUUUUAGUUAGAUAAGAUAUGAUUGUUAUCGAAUUAGGUAAUUUAUACUCCCGACAUCAUCAUCAUGAAAGGUUCAUCAAUUUUUUCCUAAGCGUGCAGAAAAGUUCACAAAUAGGUGGUAGACAUCACAGUUUCUUCAUCGAUCACGCGCAAGAAAUGCUGUUCCUUAUUUUUUGUUAAGAAAAACUUCUCAUUUGAAGAACCGGCAUUAUGAUCUAAAAGUUUAUUUAACAAUCAUCAUACUUGGACAUGGGUAUUUGGAAUGUACACGCAGUGGGUUUAGGUAAAUUAAUUGACUCCUUUGUUCUAGUCUAGCUUUGAGCAAACCGAUCAGUACGAAUAAACCUAGGCAAAUGUGGUGACUGUCGCCCGCCAGUAUAAUAUUCUUCAAUGAUAUAAUCCUAGUCUGCUGGUGCAAGAAAAAAACUAUUUUCAAGCAAUAUUUUCAGCGAAAUAAUUAUGGCCCGUUAGGCACCUCACUCUUUCGGGAAUUUAUUAGGGGAAGGUAAGGAAUUUCGAACCACUACGUUGAUUCUGAUUGGUAUUUUAACUCAAAACAAUAAUUUUUUCUCCAAUUCUCGAGCAAUGGAAAUCAAACUAGAAGCAAAAUGCCACGUUUUAGUAGUUGCCGUAUUUCAUUCGUAUUCCUAAUAACGCUAGCAAAAUCAAAGGUAGCUAGGAUUCGACCGAACCAUAUUCGAUCGAAAAACCAAUACGUCGUUAUUCAGAAUAAGGGCGAUUAUUUGAUUGGAAAUAUUUCUAAGAUUCGAUUUGAAUGUAUCAAGCCACGUAUUUUCAAUUAUAAAUGAUUGAAAUUUUGAUUAGUAGCGAGCAGUUUCAUAUUUUGUCUGCUAAAAAUCUCCGACAUAUCGGAUUUCCCUGCCAUAGACGAUGGUUUUGAAGGAGUAAGCGAUAUAUCAAAGGGAAAGCAUCGCUCUCCCUUGGUCAAUCGAUGCAAAAGCGAAGCUGUUUGAAGCACGCGAAUCUUUGAAUAGAAGCGAAAUUAUAGCUAUUGUUUCAGUCCUACGCGUAGCAUGCUAGAGGUAGGUUGUUGCUAGACAGCAAGACAAACACUGCCAUAAAACGAUUUGAAGCUUUAAUUGGUAUGAUCUGAUCUAAUGUCAUGCAAGCUCGGAUGAAAAUCCAUGUAUCGUCGUUGUGCCUGAGGAAUUAACAGCUACCCCACGGUAAAUUUUGAGUGCUUAAAAUUAAUUUAUAAUUUAUAUAAGAUGAACUCGAUUUAUAAUAAGAAAAAGUUUAUCGCUUCAACCGAAAUCGCAGAAUGGUAGAGAAACUUAAGGAUCAACAGUAAACCAAGUUAACUUGUGUUGGUAAUUUGUGUAUUAUGAACAUUUUAUUUGGUACGUAUGCCAUAGAUCUGUGUAUUCAUAUAUGCAGUGCACCGAGUUUAUCAAAUUGGAUUGCACGAUUGAGAUUCAAACAAUCUUUUUUCACAAUAAUUUAUUCUCAAAUGAAUGUUAAGCAUGACAUCUUGAAUGAAAUAUCAGUUUUGAUCAAUUUUUCACCAACGUUUGAUGGAAAAUUGCUUACAUUUUAUGAAUGUAGAUUUUAAUUCCGUAAUGAAACAGAUAGCAACACUGCUUCAAUGCAUUUGUAUUAGAUUGCACGACACAAAAUGAACAAAACUAAAUAUUUUCUGUUACAAAAGCAGUUUGCCGGAAAAAUAAAUAGUUUUACGACAACAUUCCAUAUCCAUUGCCUUUCGCGUGUUAAAUUCAAGGUUCCUUUUUUGCCGGAUUACUAAUAGAAGGUACGUAAAUCUUUAUACCGCAAUAAUUUCUGCAAGAGGAAAUCCAUAUAGGAAUGUGUUUGUUGCUAAUCAAAUGUGUCAGUGGAAGUAAGCUGAAACUGAAAUAAUUUUUCUCGAGCAGUUUUAAGGAAAAUUUUCGCUUUUCUUGAAUUGCAAUUUUAGGCAGUAUGAACCGAUUGGUUUAUUUUUCAACCAUAUGGAAAAUUUAUUGAGCAAAAUAAGGAAAAGAAGCGCCGAAAUUUGUUUUUACGCACACAUUGUUGGCAUUACUCAUACGCUUGCAAAGAGUCUUGUUCCUUAACGCUAUAAAAAUAACUGCUUGCAUACAAAACUUGAACACAAGCUUGGCGAAGAGAAGCUUAAAUAUCGAAAUCCGUAUCGCAAGUAUGUACAAAGAUUUAAUUGCAUACAUUUGGGAUAUUGGUGUAAUUUCGUCGGCUAUAAAACAAUUACAAAUCAAGACAAACGAUGUUCGGUGUUGGUUCCUAAUCAAGAUCAAUCUAAGCAGACUCUCGUGCAAAAGCGGAUUCAAAAGUGUGACGAUUGAUUGAAUUGUUUUAUUGGAGAUCAUUAGAAAUUUUGGUUGCCUUGUUCCACAUCAAUGGCUUGAACAACCCCAUGGGGCUGAUCCUUGUAGAGACAGCAAUUUUUGACAAGAAAUUCGAGUAUUUUUGUAACAAAUUCGUUCAGAUUGAUUAGUGCACACUGAGGUUUUUAUGUGUUUUUUCACGCAGCUUUUUUUACGCGGAUUUCCGAAGUUAAACGGUUUUCUUGUUUUCUAAGACAUGAAACAUGCAUGAAACGUCGAGAUCUGGUGUUAUCCCGAAAUUUUUUUAAGUCAACCUUCUGACACUUCAUGCAUUUGGCAUCAAAAAAAAAUUCGAUUUCAGAAAGCUCAAAAUUUUUCUAAGUUCCAAAGACGAAUUUUUUCAAAUUUUUUUUUCGAGUUUAUACCAGAUCUGGACGUUUCAUGCGUAUCUAAGACAUUUGGCUUCAAAAAAAUUUGUUUCGAUAUUGCGGUAUUUUUCUACGCGUAGGCCCGAAAUCGAUUUUUUCCAAAAAAAAUUUGUGGGUUAUACCAGACCUGGACGUUUCAUGCAUUUCUAGGAUAUUUGGCACCAAAAAAAUCUUUAGUUUUGCGGUUUUUUAUGCGGACUCCAAAGUUACGCGGUUUUUUAUACACGAUGUUACGCAUUUUUUUUGCAAUAUUUUUUUACGUAUUCCCCGCGUAAAAAGAAACUUCAUUGUAGUUUACAAAGGUGUGCUUCAGCGCUUACAUCGCAUAUUCGACAACAUUCCCGGAACCGGAAGCAUCAGCUUCGAUACACUUUAACUUUAUCAUUGGCCACAGUCUGCGAAACUUUUUCGGAUAGAACAAAAUGCGAUUUGUCGGUUAACUCUGAAACCGAAAUGUGUUCGCUACGAACCUUGAAAACCUAUCAAAUAGCCCAAUAGUAGCGCCACAGUUUUGUUUUCAAAAUCAUUUUAGGCAUUUCUGAGAAAAUUUUGCUGAUAAAAGAAUCAUUUCAAAAAUUUUAUUAAUAUUUCAUCUCUAACUAGAAAUAUUUUAUUUAUUAAUUUUAAUUGGUUUGACGUAAAGUCGCCAUAACUCAACCAUAAGUUCAGUUUUUGAUAAUGACUGAGUGGUAACAUAUGAUGGAGAAGCUAAAUGAAUGAAAAACUUAACAGAAAAGAUGAUUUUUUGCAAAGGAUACGCCCAGAGACAGGACUCGACUGGCAUCAGUAGAGAAGGUGACAAGCGAUUAUAAAUACACUCUCCUACUCAGUGCUUGAGCGGAAAAUAGGUUCAAAGCGAGAAGACCAGUGUUUGAUGAACAGUGAAAAUGUUUGGAUGUAUGGUACCGGUCGUGAGACGACCAGGAUGUAGACCACGUUCGAUGUACUUUCUAUCAUGCCUAACCGUGUUUUGCAGCUGUAUUUAUCACAAGGUUCUGGGUGGCGAAAUGGUAGCGCGUAUGCACGGAAUGCAUAAGAACGCAGGUUCGAGUCCUGUUUCGAAGCGUAUUUUUUCCAAAAAAUCAUCUUUUCUGUAAAGUUUUUUAUUCAUUUCUCCAAUAUAUGUUUCAAUCAGUCUUUGUCAUAAACUAGUAAUAUUCGCCAUGACCCUUCCAAUCUUGAUCAGUAGCCUUAGAUUGUCGCAAUCCGUUGAGCGAUUUCCGAGUCAUUUCUUCGAAUAUAUCUUCGAAGAUAUCUUCGAAACCGAAUGGGUUAUCCAUUCACCCUCCAUGCUGGAUCAAUGAGCAUACGAACCUGAUAUUCUUGAAAUCAGUUCAGCCAUCGCUAUCUUUCUCCGCUAUUUGAUUUUUGUACUUGAUCACUUAUUUAAUAGUUGCUUUCAAACGAAUCUAAUUUGGUUGAAAUUUGUUUAACCACCUCAGAGAAAACUGUGAGUAUAGAAAAAGUGCUGCUUGUCGGUUACGUCAUUUCUACGAUUAGCUCCCUUAUUCUGUGAAUAACGACGUAUUGAUUUUGACGUGAAUACGUGAAUAGUCUCACUUUAAUAUGGAGCGCUUUUUUGAAGUUUCGCCCUGUGGAAAAAUGGGUAUAACUUAAUCGUGAAUAUCUCGAGUUUUACUAAACGCAACAACAUAAAUCUUUCUCCAUGCUAUCAGGAAUAUGGUCAGCAAUUUAUGAUACAAUUUUUAACAUUAUAAGAUAACCAUAAAUAACUCAAAAAUCUAGUUUUCUCAAACUUUGGUAAACAACGAGGAAAACUCAUCACGCUUGUUUGCCUUUCCCGUACCCGCGACGACAGUUUUGAGGUAGUUAACUGUACGAGCCUGUAGACAAGUUCAAGUAUGGACGGAACUGGACGUCUUGGGGAGGACCUUCCAAAAACAGCAGCAGCAACUGACCUUCUGCGUGGCUUAUGAACAGUCCCUGACGUGCAGUCGUCUUCAACCAGCAGCAGCAAUAACAUGUCACCAAUAAUUGCAUUCAGCUUUUGAAUACUGUAUCUGGAGUCGGGAACCGAUUUUCGGUUUGGAUUCUAGAGCUGCAUUCAGAACCUGGAUUCUGGUUCACCUGGUUUAGUUUUAGAUUUCAGAAUUUAGUUCCAGAUUACAGGAUUAAGGUUAAAGUUGGGAGGUUAAAUGAACGACAUAGUAAUAAUAAUAAAAAUAAUAAAGUUCAGGAUUUGAAACUACGACUCUGAAACUGAAUUCUGGAACUAGAUUCUAGACUAGAUUUUGGAACUGGAAUUAAGUCUUUGGUGAUUGCCGAUAAUUUGACAGAAGCUGCUCGAUAUUUUUCUAUAUUGUAUACAACAUUUUCAAUGCGGUAGAAGAUACUACAAGAGCUCGUGUCUCUCAAUGCAUGAACCGUGAGAGAAUUUUUCUACAUUUAUUCGUUCCACUUCAUACUCUGAAUAUUUCACAGCCUUUAAAAAGAAAUUACAGUCUGGUAAUGAUCGGUGCUGUGUGGAAUUUACCAAGAGAGAAUCGCAAGUUGACAAUUAUCGCGGAAAAUCGAAUCGAUGACUCGACUUUAUGAGUCUCAUACUAGGUUGCAAUAUUGCAAAAACCCUUGUGUGGAGCAUUCACAUACAUUUUCAUAGACACAACUUAUACAAAAAGGUUAAAAUGAUUCUAUCGCAAUUAUCCACUGCCAGUAUAGAAUCGGAUCGCGAAACGAGAAUAAGCGACCAUUUGUUGCUUCAGAGAGAAUCCCCACAACAGCGUGCUAACUCGUGAUGCUCAGACGGGUCAUCGAGAGAAAUUCGCUCUCCCACUGGUAUCUAUUCUAUGUUGAAUAAACCAUGCCGGUUUUUUGUUGCUGCGAUGAUAUUCGUCUCUCUUUGAUGACACUUAUUGAAUCGUGUGAAGAAUUGCUAGAGAGCGUUUUUUGAUACGAUAAAAGCCAUCCUUAAUUCUAAUUUUGAUUUUGGAUUUCUACUUCAGAAUUCAUGAACAAAAUUCAGAAUAUGAAUUUCAGAUCUACAUUCUGGAAUGACAUGUUAGAUCUGAACUCCGAAUUUAGAACUGACCUCAGAAUUAGAGUUCGAUUGCUAAGAUCAGUUUCAGAAUUUAUUUCCGUAAUCUCGUUUCUUUAAGCUGGAACUGAAUUCAGUUUUCUUUAUUAGGGACCAGAAGUUCAGAAUUCAGUUCUAAUUCGCAGUUCACGUCGUGCACCGUUCGCAGUGAUUUUCGCUUCAAACAAGGGAAAUUACAACAGCAUUCCGUUGCUGGUCGUUUGCAUAGAAGCAAAAUACACCGAAAAGUGAACAACGACGGAAAAAAAAUCUACAAAUCAGCUCUUCUAAGGGCUUUAUAUGUUUACAAAAGAACUAUAAAUAUGCAAAUUGGUAGUGAAAAACUAAUCAGUUUGUUGAGCCGUUCACAGUGCGAACUUCACUCCAAAUGAGUGCUAAUUAAACCAACAUUCUGCUGCUUUGCGAUCGAGAAAAAUGCAUUGUGUGUAUUGGUUUGAAUGCGUUUUUGUGACUUCAGGUUACGCAAGUGGUGUCAGAUGUGUUUUUACUCGUUAAAUCUGCACUAAAUUAGAGGUAAUUAUUCGUAUUCAUGUCAAUCCGGUUAUGUUUCUGACAUUACCCACCCACCUUCUUUUUUCAAUCGAAUCCUAGCUCCCAUGGAUUUUGCUAGCGUUUUUGUUUUAAUAUAAAUAAAAUACAAUCGAGAAAUCAAUACGCCGGAUUCAAGGAUAAAGGAAGAGCUCUCCGGUAUAUACGAUUUUCGAAUUUGAUCCACCAACCAACAGUAGCCUUCACAUGAGCCUAAAAUUGUUGAAAUCGAGGUAAUUUUUCGUUGUUUUGAAGCCGUCAUCACUUUAGCUCUGCCCAACGAAGGACGGAUUCGACAAUGGUAUACGAUUGAAAUUGCGAGUGUAAAAAUUUUUGAAAAAGGCUCCCCCGAGGAUAAACUCAAAGCACCACUCUACGAAAAAAAACACAUUUUGUUUCCUAUCAUUCAUCCGGUAAAGACGUUUGAGAAUUAUUGUACACCAGGUAAACCAGUUAUUAAUGCGGGAAAUUUCAAGACACUGUAAACAUUUGUUUUGUUUGCCAAAUACAGCGCAUUUUCGAAGUGUUGGUCCAUUACCGUGCUUUGCAAAAAAUUGCUGCUAAAUCCUUUCGAAUUCUUAUCGAAGCUUUCGGAGAACAUACUCUAUCGGUCGUGACUUGUGCAUGUUGGCAAAGUAUUUCGGUUCGAAGAUAAUAUCCAAACUCAAAAAAGGAGAAGUUAAACAUUAGUUACCGGUUCCAAUCGACUGCACGUUAGGGUAAAAAUGCAGAAGGUGGAAAUUGGAUUCCUUAUGAGCUAAAUGAUAGUUCAGUAGGAAAAGCGAAAACCAUGAGGAGAAUUUUGCAUUCUCGACUUGUAACAAAGAGUUUACUGGCCCGGAUUGUGAAGGGAGAUGUAAAACGGAUUUAUUUUGAGAAUCUCAAGAAUCCCGAUGGCCAACCUUCGUCAUCAACUGCAAAAGCUUAUAACUGCGGAAAGAAAACGAUGUUGUGCAUUUGGUGGGACUGUCGUGAACCAUCAGGAGAGAGAAAACUGCUUUUGGAGACACUCUUUCAAAUACACCUGUCCUUUCAUGAUGCUUACGGUGAUGAAAGGUGCACUCCAUUUUCCGUAAGUACAAAUCGCUUGCCAAAUCAAGAUUUUUUUUUUCGAAUUUUGACAUCAUCUGUGUCCGUAGGUUUUCGGAUCGUUUCUUCAUAGUAGUGUGGUUUCGUUAACUUCUGGUCGCGUACCUUUCGAACACGGCUUUUUGCGGUUUUCGUUUAGAGGCCUCAAACACGCGUUAGUGAUCGUUCUUGUUGAUCUGAGGGCUCUUCGCUUCCGAUCAAAAAUCAGAUCCUUAUUCUACUCGAACUAUUCUUUCGUCGCCAUUUUGCAACUGUGUAUUUGAUGAAAUCAACUUAAUUUUACCCAACGGAUAAAAAAAUAAAAAACAUCAGGUGUGUCCGGGUUUUAAACGCGGUGUUGCAUAUUUAGUUGUCAUUGAAUGUACUUUUAAUAUUAGACUAGCAGAAUAGAUUAGUUUUCGCAACAUUUUCGAUCUAGCGAUUGUAGACUUGCUGGUGCACUUUCUUGCGAACGUUCGUUAGAUUCAGUACAGGGUUUUUGGUACAAAUUUGUAAACUUUCUUUCAAUAUAUUUCCAACUGAAGACCAUUAUAGUUACGACUGCCGAGAAAUGUUUCCUAAGAUGUGCCUUCGUUAAUGGUUAAAACUCUUCAAUUGGUCGAAUUUGUGGAUAAUUUUGUGGGUUCGUGUCUUUUGGAAUGAAAGUAACUUUUUCGGUGGAAUUCUAUCGUUGAUUUAACAUAAUGGUAAGAUGCAGAAUCUACCCAAAAAAUAGUGGGAACAUUGUGACUUCGAAUCUUGAGUAGAACUCGUUUUUUAAACACGUUCAUUGAAGAAGCUGUAAUGAAAUUUUUCUACAGCUAAAAAUAGCUUGCCAGACUAUAGUAAAUUUUUCGUCUUGAAGCGAUGUCUCAAACUGUUUCAAUACUUAUCCUUCUGACGCCGUAUAAUAUUGUGGUCCUGGCAAGGAUUUUUAAGCGUAUUUCACGUAGGUUCACGAUUAUACAAUUCGGAUUCCCAGCACACAUCGCAUCGUACUACUUUUAAAUCUGUGCCUGGUCGAUGCUCCAUGUUUCGGACUGAAUUUUGGUUGCUUCUGCUUCUCAUAAGUUCGAAGAUUCAAACGUUCUUUUGCGCGAAGAACAUUUGAACAUUCGUCACAUCCCGUACUGAAACCUGCUUUUUCUACUCGAAUAUCUUUGGACCUUGUUUUGGGCCCGUUUGUGGUCUAUUCUCAAAGGUGUUACUUUCACCAAACUUCCACAAUUUAUGUUUUUUUAUUGAAAGUUCAAGCAUUUUGAAACAAGCUUAUGGAAACAAAUAAAUGGCUACACAAGUGGUGGAAGAAAAAUUGUGAACAACAGGAUGCAUUUUUAAGUUUUCAGAACACUUUCAGAGAUGAAACUGAAAUAACGAUUACAGAAGUUUUGUUUGGAUCGAUGUCAGAUAAUGACAGAUAAGACCGAUGGUUUGAAAUUCCUUAAAUUCUCCGCUUCAAAGGUCAUCGCUGAAAAUAGCACCCUUUUUAUUAACUUUCUGAGUUUGUUAUGUUGAGGCGAAGCUUAAAAAAGAGAUGCCAGUUCAUUCAGUUUAUUAUUCUGAAUAAAAUGAUGUUUUUCUCUCGAAGGUUUAUCUAGUGAUAGCGGAAAAAACUGCAUUUGCAUUUUCCAGCAAUGGCUGCUUUCCCAAAAUUGUAAGCUGGCAGAAGCACUACUCAGAUACCUUCUAGGAAGAAAUUUUUAAAAAGUGCCCACAUUUUAAAAUUUCAAUCGUAUUCAGUUAGUUCCAUGCUGUAUAGUCACAGAAUAUUUCGUGGUCUUAUAUAAUUUUACAGUUAACAUAUCUGUAAAGUUUUUUGUUUAGAAUCUUCAACAAAUGAGAUGACACAUUCGAUUAAGAUGGUAUCAGAAAUACUAACACACUGCUCAUAGAUGAAAUAAUAAAUUUGAGAUCAAAACAGAGGAGAGCCUCAGCUAAAAGGACUUCUCAUGAAAUAAGAUAAAGAAGAACGCAUCACUUAUUUGAAGUCAAUCGACAUGCAAAUUUAUUCAUGUAACGCUCUGGAGAAACGUAUUGAACUAAGACGUGACUUGCGAAAAUAACGUUUUUUUUCUAUAGUCGGAUUUCACGAUUUCUUUCACAUUAUUUCUACUUCUAGGUCAUAGUCGCUCAGUCAUUAGAUUGUUUUUUUUUCUUUACUUUCGCAAGCCUCGUCCUAGGUACAACAACCAGUCUAGUCAAAUUCAGCAUAGGGAAGAAAAGAAAACAGAAACAGUGAUAUUGUUUCCAAUAGUAAAUACAUAUAAUAAUAAAAGAUAAAUAUUAAUUUUAAGAACUUAGAAUAUUCAAUCAAACAAACUAGAACCAUUUUCCUACUGAUCAUUUUUGUUUUUGUUUAAACGAAAGAAUAUAUCGUGAAUCACUCUAGCUGUGAACAGAUCCCGUUUUUGUUUUCGGCAACCCAAUCGAGAUAAAAAUAAAAGUGAUCCACGGAAAGACGCACGACCGAAAAUGGAAGACUGCAUUUGAGGCAUUUCCUGUGUGUAGUAUGGUUAGAGUGCACCUUCCAUUUUUUUGCCAAAGAUGGCCGGAACGAGGUAUAAAAUAAAACAAAAUGGUAGUUAUUUAAAAUCGUCUAGUCCUUUCGGGAAAACGCUUGAAAACUUUGUAUGAAUGUAUCUAUUCAGUAAAGACCAAUCUAGAAAAAUACUACAGAUCGUAGCGUCAAAAAAAAAAACAAAAUGCUACGUCUUUUCCUAACAGUAAAAAAAAAGAAAAAAAAGGUUUCCUCCAGGUUGGAGGCCACAAGCUAACGUUUCAAUGCGAAUCAGAUUUAUAAACCUUCAAACACCUUUAAAGUAUUUAGGUUAAUUUCACACAAA